CAUGCUUUUCCCUCUUCUUGUUUGAAAAUUGCAACCCAGAAACAAAGGCAACUGAGAGUUAUUAAAUAAAAAAAAAAAAAACCAUUUUCUAUCUCCUUCAUCUGCAUUUUGGCUGACAUUCUGCAGAUCUUGCAUAGUUUUAAUGGGUUUUUUUAACUUCUGCAACUACCUUCUUGUUUCGAUUAUUUUACUGGGUUUCCUUCUGAUCUUAGACUUGGUUUGUUCCCAUUCAAUGUUUUUUGAAUUGGGUCAGCUCUCUUUCAUACCACGUAUAUACCAUUUUGUUUUUAUCUUUUAAUUUAUGAUAUGUCUUCUUUUAGAUUUUGGGGAGGCUGGCCCUUUUGUAUUUGAUGGAUAGUUACUUCUGGGAUUCUUUUCUGGUGGGUAUUCGCUAUGCCGAGUUUUCGAUGAGGUAUUCUUUUCUGGUUGUUCUCAUUUUGCAUUUCAGGGAAUGGGUUUUAAAUGAUUUUACAGUUUGAUACGAAUUGAGCUACUGUUUUUAGAAUUGGGUAUUUGACCGGAACAAGCAACCCUUCUGCUCUGUAGUCUAUUACUAUAUUACUUUUUCUCUUUGUUUUGUUUUUGAUGUGAAACUUUUUCAUCAGUGUUUGAAAAUGAUAUAUUUUUGUUGGAGGUUGGAUGGUUUCAGGAGUAGAUUUGAAGCAAAGAUGGAAGAAUGAUGAGCAGUGUCCCUUUUUUCUCUUAAACUGCCGAGACUGCGAUUUCUUGGUUUUAGGGUUUAGUUUUUAUUUUUUAGACUUUGGAGCUACGGUAGUCUAUACAUUCCCUUCUCUGUCAUUCGAUUCUCUAGUGUGAGGUUGGUGAAUAGGGUCUGAGGUUUUGUUGCAUAGCUGUUUUGGGCAUACGUGAUUCUUUUAUUGAAGAAUGGUGGAAAUGCAUUUGCAGAUGAUGUUUCUGUGAAGUUUUGCGGUUUUAUUGCAUAAUUAGAUUGAGAGAUGGAUCGCCGGAGUUGGCUGUGGAGAAGAAAGUCUUCCGAGAAGAGCCCUGGAGAAACCGAAAGCUCAGGAUCAAUAUCUUCUCAUUCAGAAAGAUUCUCGGAUGAUCAGGCUUCUAGAAGCCGGCUAACUGAUUCCUCUCAUUGCAGCCACGUUUUGACUCUCUGGAAGCUGCCUUCUGAAGCUCCCCAAGAAGCUUACCCAAGCAGGAAAUAAGGACACAUCAAGGGCAUCUCCAAAUCAUAGUACUCAAUCGCUAGAGGUCACAUCCAAAGCCUCGGUUAGUGGGGAAGAUGUUAUGGAUGAUGUGAAGAGCCUGAAAGAGAAACUAUCAGCCGCACUUUUGAACAUCAAUGCCAAAGAGGACUUGGUGAAGCAGCAUGCUAAAGUUGCGGAGGAGGCUGUUUCAGGUUGGGAGAAGGCAGAAACGGAAGUGGUAACUUUGAAGCAACAACUAGAAGCUUCUGCACAGAAGAACUCAGCCCUUGAGGAUCGGGUAGGCCACCUUGAUGGUGCUCUCAAGGAGUGUGUACGGCAGCUCCGUCAAGGCAGAGAAGAGCAAGAGCAGAAGAUCCAUGAAGCCGUUGUCAAGAAAACCCGUGAAUUGGAAUCUGCAAAGUUUGAGCUUGAGAAGCAGCUCGUUGAGCUCCAGACCCAAGUUGAAGCUGCAAAAUCCAAAGCUGCUACAGAGCCUGACCUCCGACUGAGGCUUGAGGCUGCAGUGAAAGAAAAUGCUGCCCUCAAGCAGGAGCUUCUUGCUCAAGUUGAGGAUCUAGAAGUUAAAACUCUAGAAAGAGACCUAAGUACUCAAGCGGCGGAAACUGCUAGCAAGCAACAUUUGGAAAGCAUAAAGAAGGUGGCUAAGCUUGAGGCGGAGUGCCGCAGACUAAGAGCUACAUCUCGGAAGGCAUCCUCUAUUAAUGAUCACAGGUCCAUUGCUGCCUCUUCAAUUUAUGUUGAGUCCCUGACAGAUAGCCAGUCAGACUGUGGGGAGCGGUUACUUGCAGUGCAGGCUGAUACUCGCAAGAUGAUUACAUCGGAGCAGAAUGAGUGUGAACCAAGCUGUUCAGAUUCAUGGGCAUCGGCUCUAAUAGCGGAGCUUGAUCAGUUCAAGAAUGACAAGGCCAUUGGUAGGAACCUUGUGGCCUCUUCUUUAGAAAUUGAUCUCAUGGAUGAUUUCCUUGAGAUGGAAAGGCUUGUUGCCCUGCCAGAAACGGAGAGUAGAAGCCAUGGCCUUGAGUCUGGACCUGUUUCAGACCAACAAUGUGGUGGAGAUAGCACAUUAAAGGCUGAGCUUGAGGCAAUGAUUCAGCGGACUGCUGACUUGGAAGAAAAGUUAGAGAUGAUGGAAACAGAGAAAGAGGGGCUCAAUGCAGCUUUGGCUGAAAGUCAAAGUCGACUUGAGACGUCACAGGGUCAACUGAGGGUAGUUGAGGAGAAGUUGGUGGAGCUGCACAGGCAGCUAGAUCUGGCCAAUGAAUUGAAGAAAGCUUAUGAGAUAGAAGCCAAAGCUGCCGUUGCAAAAAGGGAUGAAGUGGUGACACAGCUUGUAAGUGUAGAUGCAGAGGUUCGCACUUUAAGUGCGAAGGUAGAUUCAUUAGAAGCAGAGCUCGAAAAGGAGCAUGCUUUCUCGUCAGUAGUUACAGAUAAAUGUCAGAAAUUAGAGGAUGAGCUAUCAAGAAAGAGAAGAGAAGAUGAGCUAUGGCAAACCAAGAGUUCCAAUGGCGAGUUGAAGAUAAAGCAGGAUAAGGAGCUAGCUGUAGCAGCAGGAAAGCUAGCGGAAUGCCAGAAGACCAUUGCAUCUCUUGGACGGCAGUUGAAAUCACUAGCUACACUGGAAGACUUCCUAGUUGAUUAUGAGAAGCCACCGGAGCUUAGCAUAGGAGGAUCACCCAUACCUAGAGGUGGAGAGCCCUGGAAAUUACAUUCGAAUCAUAUUUAUCUAGCCAAAAGUGAAGCUGAUUCUUCAAAAGUAGUUGGUGAUGUUUCUGGUCGUGUGAGUGGUAAAGAUGGGGAAUCUCCACCAUCGUCUGGAUCAUCUUCAUCAGCCUCAUCAGUAAAUAAUGUAGUUGCACCUGAGAAAAGCCGAAAUGGGUUUGGGAAAUUGUUCUCUCGGAGUAAAAGCAAUACCCAUGUGGAAAACCAGUGAAUAGAAUGAAAAGGAACAGUUUCAAGAUACCUUGUCAUUUGAGUUUGUAAAGAAGAGAAUUUACUGUUUUAUUUAAUGAAAUUGUCAAUUAAUUGUUUGUUAAUUGACAGUUAUUUUUUUUUA